AUGGCUGAAACAGGGUAUAUUGAAGAGCCCAAGAGGUUCGCUCCUAAAGAUCCCCCAAAGCUCAACCCGCCCAGAGAUGAGCCUAUCAGGGUUGAAGACCUCGCCAAGUGUGACGGCACCGACUCUUCGUAUCCUACGUACGUCGCCAUCAUGGGCACGGUCUUCGAUGUCUCCAGCAACACAGCCUACUCUCCCAAGAACCCAUACAAUGUGUUUGCCGGAAGAGAUGCCUCACGAGCCCUCGCUCAAUCUUCACUCAAGCCUGAGGACUGUAGACCUGAGUGGCAGGAUUUGCCGGAGAAGGAGAAAGGUGUCCUUAAGGAUUGGUACACAUUUUUCAGCAAGCGAUACAACAUAGUGGGCAAGGUGCAGCUCUGA